AUGGAAACUUGUGAUGGUCGACAACAGUGGACGGACGAGGCUAUCAAAUGCGUAUUAGAAACAUGUAUUGAAGAAAUGGAGAGAAUAGGUAAACGUGGACAAAGUUUGUGUAGAGAGUCUUGGGGUAGGCUAGGAAAGAAACUUAAGGAACAAUUUGGCAUGGAUUUGACUCAAAAGCAAAUUAGAAAUGCUUUUGAUACCAUGAAAUCAAAAUAUGUAGGAUGGUGCUAUUUGAGAUACAAGACUGGAAAUCUCUACAACCCUCAAACAAAUAUGUUCACCUUAACGCCUCAAGAAUGGGAAGAAUUUAAGAAGGGUCACCCAAGGGCAAUGUCAUUGAGAACACGACCAUUGCCUCAUCUUGACCUUUUCAUAGCCGUGUUUGAAGGGCGUAGUGCUAAUGGUGGUAAUCAAUGGACAUCUACCCAAACAUCCGGGGUUUCAUCAUCCUCACAUGUCCAAACACUUCAAAUAGAAGAUGGUAGCUAUCAUAAUCUGGAAGAUGAUGAUGAAGAUGGAGACUCUCAUGAACAAAAUGCUCAAAAUGGUGAUGAACUUCCAACCAAUAAUGAGGGGCCUAGUGUUAGGCCCAAGAAAAAAGCUAAAACCUCUAAUACCUCUAAUGAUAAUGAAGUUAGGCCCAAGAAAAAGUCUAAAAGCUCUAAAACCUCCAUUACCUUAGAUGACUUGGCUAGUGAUAUGCACAAUGCACUUAAGCAUAUGGUGAAAAGCAUGGAAGGGCCAUCAACCGAAGAAUGUUAUGAGAAGUUGAAAUUAGUUGGGUUAGAUCCUAUAGACCCCUUGUUUUUUGCAGCAUUUAACAUUUUUGGUCAGUCCACACAAAUGAGACAAGCAUGGAUGACAUUGCCGUCGGACCCCGAGGUGUUGAAAGGGUGGAUUAAGAUGACAGGGAUCACAUUGGGGAUGUUCAAGUAG